UGGUCAAAUUUUGUAAGUGCUUUUUCCCUCUACUUAUUCACUUUUCUCAUUUUCCUUUUAGCAACACUUUAAUAGUAUAACUCUCUUUUAGCAAUGCCAUUGACCCAAGUUUUCAUAGCUUCCUAUCUGCGUUUCGCUCUCUUCUCUAAUAAUAACUACUCUCAUAUUUUUCCUUUCUUAUUGCCUUUCAAGAAACUCAAAUCUUAUCUGAUUCUCUCUUAUCAUUCAUCCUAUAUUUAUGACUCAAAACAUGUCCCCGUUCCUCCUACAAUUAUUUUAAGUGAUCUAGAAGGUGAAGUUGCAAUGAAAAUAGAAUCCAAAAAAACCAAGUCAUGGCCGAAACUAGCCAUUAGGAACUGGCUUAAUGCAAAGAACAGUUCUGAAAAGUUUUCUUCAGACUACUCUGAUAAAGACUCUGCGACAGAAACGAGAAAAAGUAGCUCAGAACAAGAUAGUUACAUCCUCGUACCAGAUGAUUUCUCUGGGUGGUUGAACCAUUCUCCAAAUGGCGUAAAACGUUCGGUCCUAGAGGAGAAAAAAGCUUGUGCCAUCACUAAUCCUCUAAACCUUAGGAUGUUUGUUGGGACGUGGAAUGUUGGGGGGAAGUCACCAAAUGAAGGUUUGGACUUAAGGAAUUGGCUUACGUCUACUUCGCCAGCACACAUAUAUGUUAUUGGGUUUCAAGAGAUUGUACCUUUAAAUGCUGGGAAUGUUCUUGGGUCUGAGAAUAGUGGCCCGGCAACAAAAUGGUUGGGCCUUAUUCAUGAAGCCCUAAACACAACCAACCAUGAAAGCCCAAAUGAGAAGCAAUGUUUUAGUCUGGUAGCAAGCAAGCAAAUGGUUGGUAUUUUCUUGUGCGUGUGGGUGCGUGCCGAUUAUCGCGAUUAUGUUAGUAAUUUAAAAGUGUCUCGAGUUGGCACAGGCAUCAUGGGUUAUCUCGGAAAUAAGGGUUCAAUAUCAAUUAGCAUGAGAUUGUACCAAACUACGUUUUGCUUUGUUUGUACUCAUUUGGCCUCUGGAGAGAAAUAUGGUGACGAAUUGCGAAGAAAUUUGAAUAUCUCGGAAAUAAUCAGGAGAACUAAAUUUUCUCACUCAAUUGGCAUAUUAGAACAUGACAACAUUAUUUGGUUGGGGGAUUUGAAUUAUCGACUUGCGGCGGGUUACGACGACAUACACGAGCUACUAAAGAAGAAGAAUUUGAAGGCAUUACUAGAGAAAGAUCAGUUAAGAAUGGAGCAAAAAGCUGGAAGAAUAUUUGAGGGAUGGAAGGAAGGAACCAUAUAUUUUGCUCCUACUUACAAAUACUUAACAAAUUCAGAUCAAUACGUUGCACAAACAUGUAAAUCCAAGGAAAAACCACGUACUCCUGCUUGGUGUGAUAGAAUUCUAUGGAAAGGAGAAGGAUUGAAUCAGAAGUUGUAUGUUAGAGGAGAGUCAAAAUUCUCUGACCAUAGGCCAGUGUAUUCAUUAUUCACAGCACAAGUGAACAUGAACAUGAACAUGACAAACAAGAAUCUUACUCGUUCUGUUUCAACGACUGUCUCAAGAUCUUGUUCCUUAAAAACAUUUACAAAUUCUGCUUCAUUGUCUUCCACUUGUUGUUGUGCAGCUAAAGUACAAGCUGAAGAGCAAAUUAUGUUGCUAGCGACUAGAGCACAGAGUUGCAUAGACUCUGUUACCAGAUUCUUGUAGUAGUUUUGAGCAAGGUUUUAAAAAACGGUCUACCGCGAAAACGGACACGACAAAACAAUAUUGGAAGGUGUCGUUAACGAUACUAUUAUUCAAACUUUUUAUGGCAAAUAAUAAAUUGUGGUCAAUUCACGUUGCAACGACCACAAUCAGCGUUGCAACAACUAUAAUAACCGAAAUCGCGAAAAUCUUUAUGCAAUCAGAUGUUGUGUGUACUUUUGAUGUUGCAGAUGUGUGAUAGGAAUAGUAAUUCGUUAUCCAGCUUUUUCAGGUAUAAUGGAUUUGGUUUUUUGAGAGUUGAUUGAUGAUCAAUGUUGGAA